CCCUCGAGAAUCCUGUGGGGUGGAACGCAGUUCCAAGUGCACUUCUACGAGAGAGAGAGAGAGAGCGUGCACCGCAAGCCACCUCCAUUGCUUCUGAAACCCUACUUGCCUCCCUUCCGUCCACUAGCCAGAUCUCGAUCUCUCUACUUGCCGAAUUCGUUGUAUCUUCCGAUCGGAUUCUCGAACUUUUCCCUUUCUCCGUGUUCUCUGAUCUUAUCCGGUCCAGAAAUCUAUUUUGAACUGGUGAUUUCGUACAUCUGAUGUGUUUUUUCCGUCCUGAUCGAGGUUAAUUGCGCGAUUUUUAGCUGCAUUAUUUUUUAUUCUCCCCUCCGAUCCGUUUGUUUCCAGGAUCGGAGCGUGUGUUCAAUUUUUUUCUUCUAGAUUAUUGCUCGGUAUACUUCUUUGGACGAGAUUUUUCUCUUGAUUUUCGAGGUCAAGAGGUUGGAUCUUUGGUUAUGUGCUCGAAUUAGAGGGCUUGGAGAUGGCGGCGUUGUCGGGUAACUCGGUGGUGGUGUCGGUGGAGCCAAUGCAGUUCCCGCUGAACGGCGGCCGCGGGAGCGAGGUGCCGCAGCAGUGGUUUGUGGACGAGAGGGAUGGGCUCAUCUCGUGGCUGCGGGGAGAGUUCGCGGCGGCUAACGCGAUCAUCGAUGUGUUGAUGGAUCACAUCAGGGUCACUGGCGAGCUAGGGGAGUAUGACCACGUUGUCGGGUGCAUCCACCAACGGCGGUUCUACUGGACAAACUUUCUCCACAUGCAGCAAUUUUUCCCUGUUACCGAUGUGGGAUACGCGCUGCAGCAGGUGAUGGACUUGAGGCAGCUGAAGCAGAGGCAGAGGCAUUCGUAUGGCCAAAAGGACGGGAGGAAAUCUGCAUUUGGGCAUAGGUAUGGGCAUCGAUCUGAUGGGGUUCGAGAGAGUCGUGUAUCUCCUGCUUCCGGCACGGCUGUGUCUGAGAGUGGAACUGUGGAGCAGAUGGUGGAUAAAUUAGACCACAGCAAGAACGUGAACCAGAACAAUGUGCAGAUGUCACAUGCUACGAAUUGUUUCCCUGUUGCUGGGAAGGAUGGAAACUCACAUAGCCUGGCGGAAAGUUGUUGCAUGAAGGAUGGAAGUAAUCCAGCUGAGACCUGUGUUAUUGAGUUGGAAGCUGCUUCUGGGUGUGGUAGUCAAGCCUCAAACAGUGGAGAUAACACAGUUAUGACCUCAAAUCAAGAUAGAACUCAAAAAGUAAUACCAGCGCCAAACGAAUUUGUGGCCAAAGAAACAUGUGACGGCAUGAUGGUCAAUGUCGUUGAAGGGCUUAAACUUUAUGAAAAUUUUCUGGAUAGCUCAGAGGUCACUAAAUUUGUUUCAUUAGCAAAUGAAAUGAGAGCUGCUGGCCACAGAGGAGAACUUUCAGGACAAACACUUGUUACCCUGAAAAGGCCAACAAAAGGACAUGGAAGAGAGAUGAUUCAGCUAGGCAUACCCACUAAUGAAGGGCAUAUAGAAGAUGAACAUAGAACUCUGAACUAUAAAGAGAGGAAGAUAGAGGCCAUUCCUAGCUCACUUCAUAGUAUCUUCGACUGCUUGUUUGAGCAGCAAGUUUUACCGGUCAAACCGGAUUUUUGCAUGAUUGACUUUUUCAAUGAGGGGGAUCAUUCACAACCUCAUACGUGGCCAUCUUGGUUUGGUAGGCCAGUUUGUAAUUUAUUCUUGACCGAUUGUGAUGUAAUAUUCGGUAGAGCAGUGGGAUCCAAUCACAGAGGAGAUUAUGAUGGUUCUCUGAAACUUCCUGUAAUUGCAGGGUCUCUUCUUGUCAUGCAAGGGAAAAGUGCAGAUCUAGCAAAACGUGCUAUCCCCUCCCUUCGCAAGACACUGAUAUUACUAACCUUUGGAAAGUACCGGCCAAAGAAAACUCUUCUUCCAUCAGAAGGCACGUUCUUCAGUUCAUCUGCUGCAAAUCCACUCUCAAUCCCAACAUCAGCUAGGCCUUCAAGCUUCUCCCGGUAUCCAUCAGCUCGGAAACCAUAUGGGAUCAUGCCUGCCAAUGGCAUUCUACAUGCUCAGCAAGCCCCACAAAUUAUGCUAUCUCCAAAUGGUGUCCAACCACGCUUUGCAGCAGCUCCCAUGGUGGCUUCUCCAGCUCUGCCAUCAGGGCCUCCUGCAACUGUUGGGUGGGCGGCGGCAUCUUCAAUGAAUGCAACUGGCCCUCGACCUCCUGUUCCCGGCACUGGAGUCUUCCUUCCCCCUGGAUCUGUUCAUAUAUACCCAAUCCAGCACCUACCAGGAACACCGAUUUCUGCCCAAACCAUCUACGACAAUAGAUCUGAGAAGCCAUCUAAUAGUAAUGCGUCUGAUUGUUCCACAAAUAUUACCACUGAUUUGUCUGAGCCUGUUCCCGAGUGCAAUGGCGAUGGGUGGUGCUUGGACACUGCUGCUGUUGCUCCUAACCAAGAACAGACCGAUUCUGUUGAAAAAGCUGAUGACAAUCUUUCUGAAAGUGUUGCAAAAUAAGCAGAGGGAGAACACUUUGUUUUGAGCCUUCGUAAGAUAAAUCAGAAAACUACAUAGGGCUUUUGAACCAAAUGUAGAGGGCGAGAGAAGAAUUGGUAAGCAAUUAUCUUCACAUUUUUUUUUGUCA